UCGGAACAGUUUUCAGUUAACAGUCGAACGGUGAACAUGAGCCCCGUUUUGGGUAACCCCGGCAACCGUUAGGAUCAAUAUAAAUAUUUUCGAAUUGUCAACAAGCCGCGAGUUGUUGCCAAGUGUUAUAAAUACUACGAGUACCUGCUAGUUUUUUUUGACUCUAAAAGUUAUUGGACUGGCUAAGAUGGCCUGUUCUACGAAUGUUCUAAAGGGUUUUGCCCUUCUCUGGGAUAUUAUCUAUGCCCUGUUCGGCCUGGUUGUGAUUGGCCUUGGAGUACACAUCAUUUACAAAUUCGAGCACUUCAACACGGCCGCCUUCGUCAUCAUUGCCGUGGGCGUGGUCGUUGUUCUGUUCGCGCUAUUUGGAGCUCUGGGAGCAGCACGCGAAAGCAGUGCCACAUCCAAGGUGUUCGUGGUUAUUGUGGUUAUCCUGAUAGUUCUGGAAGUUAUAGUAGUGGGUUUCCUGUGGGUAUUCCAAACCUCGCUGCUGAUCAACGUGGACAAAACAUUCGACCAGCUGUGGCACGAUCAACCCGUGCCCAUCAAGCCUGGAAAUCAGAGUGAGAUCGCCAGCCUAGAACGAUGGCUGGACUGCUGCGGCAAUGUGGGACCCCAGGACUACGUGCUUGCCCCCAACAGUUGCUACAACAGUGAAAGUGACAAACUAAAUCUCGAGGGCUGCCGGCAAAAGUUCUUGGACUUCAUCGCCGAUCGCUGGACGACAUUUAAUUUUGUCUCCCUUUUGCUAGUUGGAGUGGAGAUCAUUUGCGCUUUGUUGGCCUACGUCCUGGCCAACAGCAUUGUGAACCGCUGGCGACGCUCGAAGUACUAUACAAAAUGAGUUUGAGUACAAGUUUUGAAAUUGAUGCAUUUCAAAAGUCAAGUUUAAGUUGCGCAUACUUAAGGCCAAAGAACUCUCCAUACAAAUACCCAAAUUGAAAACUCAAUAGAGAUUCCAAAACAAAUUUACUUAAGCAAAGUUGACCGAAGGCAGCUCGUUGAUCGUAUUCUAUUUAUCAGUUUUGGAUAACUUUAACGGAAUGUUUUCCGUUUAGAAUGUAACUUAAUCCUAAACUAAGCUCGACUUAAGUAACCAUUUUGUGUACGAGUAACAGCAUUUCGAGAAGUCAGAUCAAAAUAAAGAAUUGUUCGAAGAUCAGUGA